ACUGGAGGCAAGCCCCAGCCUUUUCUUUUCCCUGCAUCACUAACCCCAUUAUAUAAACACUCCUCCUCCAGGCCUCAACCCCAAACCCUAAUCUCCCGUCAACCAAAUUGCGCGAUCUUCCACUCUCUCUCUCUUCGUGUACAUAUUUGUGGGACACAUUCUAUCUCGAAUCAAUCUGAUAAGUUUGAGCUUUCGGUGCUCUGCCGAAUCCUUGUCGAACGAUAAUGACUAGCAGAGGAGGGAGGGACAGGUUUCGUAGAGAUUACCUUCCAAGAUCUGAAGAGAAGAGCCAUUAUGGGCGAAACAAUGUUCCCCCAUCAAGACACCUCUGGGUUGGAAAUUUGUCUCAUCACAUAUCUGAAAACACUUUAGCUGAUCAAUUCUUAAGAUUUGGUGACCUUGAGAGAGUUGCUUUUCAACCGGGUCGUAGCUAUGCUUUCGUUAAUUUUAAAAAUGAAGAAGAUGCUUGUGAAGCAAUGAGAGCACUUCAAGGUUAUGUUGUUGCGGGCAAUCCACUUAGAAUUGAGUUCACAAAGGCGGAUAAGUCAUCAACACCAUCACGAGAGGACGAUUACUUGAAACGCCGAGAUGAACGCCGAGAUGAACAAAGGUCUGGAGGAACAAGAAGAUCUCCAUUCUCGCAGAGAGAUUCUAGAUCAUAUCGCCCUAGUCCUGAACCUCAUUAUCCUGAUAGACCCAAGACGAGCGACAAAAAUGCAGAACCACCAAGUGAGGUCUUAUGGAUAGGGUUUCCAGCUUUGUUGAAGGUGGAUGAAUUUAUUUUGAGGAAGGCCUUUUCACCAUUCGGCGAGAUUGAGAAGAUUACUGCAUUUCCUGGUCGUAGUUAUGCCUUUGUUCGCUUCAGAAAUGUAAUGGCAGCGUGCAGGGCCAAAGAAACUCUUCAGGGGAAAUUAUUUGGUAAUCCUCGAGUACAUAUUUGUUUCGCAAAAAGUGAAUCUGGAUCGUCCAACAGUGGAAGGAACUCGAUGAACUCCCCUCCCUCCCCACGUUUUAAGUCUUACGGACGUGCUGGAUCUUCCGAGAACUUUCGACAGGAUAGGAAAUUCGGGAGCUUAGCCGGAGAUCCCACCAUGAGAUCGCCUCGUUUUAUCUCAGAUCUUGAGUCUGGGGAUCCCGAUGUCGUGAAUUUUGGCCGGAAGGGUAAUUUAUGGCCCGGUAUGGGUGGUGAUUUUGAACAGAGGAGGUUCCAUGAUUUCGGGCCCGAACUUGGAGUACCAGAAAAUAUGUAUGAACGCCACAGUAGUCCUAAAAGAGACAGAGGUGCUCACUUCCGUGAUUUCUCUCCCCAGGAGUUCCCUCGGAAAGGUCCAAUCUUUGAUGAUUCUUGGGACUUGCCGGAAGAUGACUUGGUAUUUCACAGAGCGAAGAAACUAAAAACCAGCAACUUUCCUCUGGAAAAUGAGCUUCCAGAGUAUCCUUUCUCCGGUGCAGAGCAAGCAAAGCAUGGUUUCCCUAGGAUGUUCCCUGAUUUUCCUCAACCUGAGGCCCUUGAUAAAAAUUUUGAGCCUGGAUCGUUUGGGUAUAAACAAAUUCCUGAUCAAGCAAUGAAUUUGACUCAACAUUACGGGGAAAGGAGUGAUCACUGGAAUGCACAACCUUAUGGCAGCUUCCAGGCUGGUUCUGGUUCAAUGCCUCCAAAUGCAGUCGAGUGGAAAAAGUCAACUCCUGAAUUGCAUCAGCCUUCUUUGACCAAAGAGUGGAAAUGGGAAGGGACUAUAGCAAAGGGAGGAACACCAGUCUGUCGAGCUCGCUGCUUUCCUGUGGGAACAGUAAUGGACAUGACAUUGCCUGAAUUCCUAGAUUGCACUGCAAGGACUAGCUUAGAAAUGCUUGCAAAGCAUUACUAUCAAGCAGCUAAUGCAUGGGUGGUAUUCUUUGUUCCAGAAAGUGAUGCUGAUAUUGGAUUCUACAACGAAUUCAUGAAUUAUCUAGGGGAGAAGGAGCGAGCGGCUGUGGCUAAAUUGGAUGAGCGAACGACCUUGUUUGUAGUACCCCCUUCAGAAUUCUCCGAGAAAGUACUAAAAGUACCGGGGAAACUGAGCAUCUCAGGCGUUGUCUUAAGGUUAGAACAUCCUGGUUCCAAUUCUGGGCCUUCUCUUCAUCACCCACUUGAUAAAAAAGACACGAAUUUCAUGUCUUAUCAUGGAGAUCCGUCAUACCCAAAACCGAUAUCACCUGGAUCUUUUACCAAUAUGGGAAAUUCCGGGGUUGGUAAUUUAUCACUCCAAGGGUAUUUGCCUACAGCCCCUUCACCCGCAUCGUUUUCCGGCUCGUCUCACGGUAUUGGAACUACAUCUGACGCCACUAACGAGGGCAGGAACAAUUAUAUGCUUCAUCAGCGAAACCACCCUGCGUUUGCACCAAACAGCUCAUCUCACCAUAUGCAGAACUUGAAUUCCAGUGCUAGAAAUGUAGCAUCGCAAUCAGGUCCCAGUGUGGAUCCUUCUGUUCAGGGAUAUAAUAAUGCCGUCAUGCCUAGGGCCGCCCAAGAAACAAAUUCCGGUAGUUACAGUUCCGGAAUUGCAGGUAUCAAGUUGCCUCCGGUUUCUUCAUCAAUGCCCGUUGCAGCACUUCAACCAGAACAACUUGCACAAUUGGCAUCAUCACUUCUUGGGCAACAACCGAGGCAGUCAAUGGGGGAAGAUUUUAGGCACUCAAGCACCACUGUGAAUCAUUCUGAAAAUGCAUACAGGACACCUCAGACGUACGGUUUACAGAACAAUCCGGUACAUUCUGAUCUUUCUUCAUCGUCUCAGUUUGGUCAAAUGCAACAAAUGCAGCCUCCGCAGCAGCAGCAUCAGGGUUCAAAUGUGGAUGUGGGGCCGCGAACGGAGUUUCAGACGGGUAGUGGUGCUUCGGGGAAUCAACAACAGCUGCAGAGUGGCGGCACGCAGGAGGAAGAUGCGGAUCCCCAGAAACGAUUGCAGGCGACGCUACAACUGGCGGCAGCGCUGCUUCAGCAAAUCCAACAAGGGAAAGGGAAUUAAUUGAGUGUAAUCCAGAGUGUAAUUUGGUUUGCUUAGCUUUGUUUUUAUGAACAUUUUGUUUUUUGCUAAAUUAGAAGAACCACGGUUUGGACACCACGUCUUUCAUUGAUGUUAAAGUUGGACAAGCCAGUUUUGGUGGCCACUUUCAAUGCAACAAAGGGGUUUUUGAGUCUUUUCUUUUA